UGCCCCUUUUUCUGUAGGAUUUUCAGUCUCCUGUUGCACAUGGAAAAGCACGUUUUCGGAAAGGAGAGGCUUAUAGUGCCAACUGACUUCACUACACCAAGGAAUAUUCAGGAGGAUCUUGUGCCUCCGUCACAUUUUGCAUCGACUGUCCCAUCUACUGAAGCACAGACAGCCUCAGGAUCAACAUCCCAACCACAUCCUCCACACACGCGCUGGGUGAACCAAGCAAUAACAAGAACACCACCAGGGGCUCCCAGCAUUGUCAAACCAUGGCUCGCCAUCACACAGACCCAGCAGGAAAUGUUUGAGAUGAAGAAGGAAAAUCAGAGAAUCAUGAUGCUACAAGGAAACAGCAGAAGAGGAAGGAUGUCUGUAGAUCCCCUGUCAGAUGUUGGAACUAGAGAGUGGCGUGAACAGUGGUCUCGAUGGGAUUCGGAGUGGCUACAGGAGGCAGAGAAGCUCAAGACCGAAGCUGAGAGGUCAAAGGGUCAAGUAGAGGCCCUAAAGGAGACAUCAGAGAGGUACAGGGAAGAACUGAGAGACAAGGACGUCACUUUGAGCAGACAGAGGCAGGAGAUGGAAAUGAUGCAUGGAGAACUGUCAAAGGCUAAGAUUGAACUCGACCGACUCAGAGAGGAGCUCCGUCUCAGCAGUAAGCAGAAGGAGGAAAUGAGCUUACAGGUUGAAAAACUGCAAAUAGAGUCCAGUGAGCUAAGGAGAGAUGCAGAGAGGAACGAGGAGUUAUCCAGGGAGCUCGCUCUUAAGGCCGAAAUGAGCCGGUUGCUAGCUGAAGAGGAGGCCAAACAGCACAGUCUCAGACUGAUGGAGCAAAAUGAAGAAUUGAAGAAGAAACAUGAACUGGAGCUUCAGCAGUUGAAUGUAUCCCAUUGUGAGGACCUGGGUGCAGCCAGAAAAGCAAACAAUGACCUGCAGGACAGACUUCAGGCACUGACCACUGAAGUGCUGCAGCUGAAAAAUGCUCUGGUGGAGAUAUCUACAGAGAGAGACGGGCUGAGAGAACAUUUAAGCCAAAUGGGACAAGCCUUUGAGACACAAUCUGCAACACUGCACAGCCUCAGAAAUUACAUCGGCCAGCUCGCCCCCGAGGAAGGAGAGAGAGAGCGAUUAAAUGAAGCCGUUGAGAGGCUGAGCAAAGAGAAAGUGGCUCUUGAGACGACCACAGAGCUUCUGACAGUCAGGCUUAACUCUGUGAAUGAGAUUCUUGCCCUCCAAGAAGAGGAGAUAGUGAAAACUACCUCAGGAGAUCCUCUGAUGAAGAGUGGAUGUGGGGGCCUUCAGGUGCUUCACCUGUGGAGGGAGAAAGUAUUCAAGCUGUGCGUCCAGCUUCGCUCAAAAGACAUCGAGAUGCAAAGAGAGAAGGACAAACUUCUCUCAGAAGUGAGAUCCACGGAGCUGCAGCUCCAGCAGGAGCAGCGCCGAGCGAGCGUGCUUCAGCACAGUCUGCAUGAUAGAAUAGCUGAGCUGGACUUGGAGAGAGUGGAAAAUGAGACAUUAAAACAGAAUCUGGCUAAGGCUCACAAAGAAAACACGAAACUGAAGUCACAGAACCUGACGGUAGAGACGGACAAUAAAACACUGACAGAGGCUCUUCAGAGGUUCAAACAGCAAUUUGAAAUCAAGCUGGCAGAAGUGGAAGCAGCUAAAGCAAGGCUGAGCAGCUGUGGACUGAGACUUUGUUUUGCUAAUAGGAGAGUGGAGAUAAUCCAAGGUUUGGUCAUGAGGAGGACAGCUCUGAAGAAAGUAGAGCAAGCUUCCAAACACUUGGAACAGGAUAACGACAGCAUCAGAAACUUGAAGAUCGAGCACAGAUCGGUGUGCGAAGAGAGAGACAAACUCGCUCAAGAGCUCCGAAGAACCCCACAGCUCAUCGAGAAAGCCCUGGCCGACCUAAAAGAACAAUAUGAGAGUAAAGUGAGGCAGCAGCAGCAGGACCGGGAACACAGCUGCACGGAGGUCAGGCUGGCUGUGGCUGCUAAGGAGCAGGCUGAGCAAAGCUUGCAGGAGAUCCAAGCCCAGCUGGAGGAAAGCAACGCCAGUCUGGAGAGACUCCGCUGUGAACUGCUUCGCCAGCAAGAGCAGAGCGAGCAUGCCUUGCUGGAAAGAGUGUCCGAGGUCGAAAACCGAUGUGGAGAGAAACUGAGAGAGAUGGAGGUCCAAGUCAGUGUGGCCAGGAGAGAACACACCAAAGCAGUUAUGACUUUGCGGGAGUUUCAGAGAGAGGCAGCAAGGAGACGUGAUGAGACGAGAGAAACCCGACAUUUGGAUGUUGACAAGACGAAGCUCGAAGCAUUUAAUGAACAACCGAAGGGGACGGAGCAGAGCAACGACUCAGCUUCUUUCAGGGUUAUUGAAAGAUGGCCGACAGGAGUCUAUAGGCACGGUCAAAACUCUCUUCCUCACCGCAAUCAAGAAAACCUCCCAGGAGCCCAUCUACCUACAGGUGCUUCCGGUCUGACCAGCAGCCUGUCUGUAUCUUCACAGAGCGACUGCUGAGCGUUUUGGAGGAGCUCCAUACGCUCAGCGCUGCCGUGGUAAACAGCUCAGAGGACUCUGCAGAGGAGGACGGACAGAGCGACGGCGGUGUGAAACCGUCAGCAGACAGUCUGCGCAAGUAAUACCUGGAGAUGAGUCACUGAAGCCAAGGAGAAGGCGCAUUACAUUUGUACAAAAAGGUGGGAAGUGGUGUUGAUGCCUCUCAAAGCCGACUGGAGCAGGUGGACGAGCCAGACUUCAGAAAACCUGUGCUCAGGGAUGUAACAGCCAAGGUGUGCUGGGACUGUAUAGAUGUGUUUUGCUAAAUUAUAAAUCUGUCAAAACAUACUGGGUUUUUAUCUACCGAAUAUAUGUAUUGAAAUUCUUGUAGUUCCUUUUUCAAUAAAACUAUGC